UGACUUUUCUCCCAUCUCCCUCUUGCAUUCCCUCUCCUCAGUCUCUGUCCAGCAGGAUGACUCCAGAGAACUUCACCUGGGCCAGGGUGGUCCCUGCUGAAUUCAUCCUUCUGGGCAUCACAGAUCGCUGGGACCUGCGCGUGACCCUCUUCCUGGUCUUCCUGCCUGUCUACCUGGUGAGCCUGCUGGGAAAUGUGGGCAUGGUGCUGCUCAUCCGCGUGGAUGCCCGGCUCCACACACCUAUGUACUUCUUCCUGGCCAAUCUCUCCCUGCUGGAUGCCUGCUAUUCCUCUGCCAUUGGCCCCAAGAUGCUAGUGGACUUGCUGCUGCCCCAUGCCACCAUCCCUUACACAGCCUGUGCCCUCCAGAUGUUUGUGUUUGCAGGGUUGGCUGAUGCUGAGUGUUGCCUGUUGGCAGCCAUGGCCUAUGACCGCUACGUGGCCGUCGGAAACCCUCUUCUCUAUACAACAGCCAUGUCGCGGCGUCUAUGCCUGGCCUUGCUGGGAGCUUCAGGCCUGGGCGGGGCAGUAAGUGCCUUUGUACACACAACUUUCACCUUCCACCUGAGCUUCUGCCACUCCCGGGAGAUCAACAGCUUCUUCUGCGAUAUCCCUCCACUGCUGGCCAUCUCCUGCAAUGACACCGGUCUCAAUGAACUCCUCCUCUUCGCUGUCUGUGGCUUCAUCCAGACAGCCACGGUGUUGGUUAUUGCCGUGUCUUACGGUUUCAUUGCUGGGGCUGUGAUCCGCAUGCACUCUGCUGAGGGCCGUCAGCGAGCAGCCUCCACCUGUGGCUCCCACCUCACGGCUGUGGCCAUGCUGUAUGGGACACUCAUUUUCGUGUACCUGCGUCCCAGCUCCAGCUACGCCCUGGACACCGACAAGAUGGCAUCGUUAUUCUAUACCCUGGUCAUCCCAGCUUUCAACCCGCUCAUCUACAGCCUCCGUAACAAGGAGGUCAAGGAGGCCCUCAGAAGGACCUGGAGCCGAUUCUGCUGUUCUGGGUGGGGGCGUCGGUGAGAAGUCCCAGGAGGCUGGUUAAGA